AGUAAAAGUAUUCUGUCUCUGUCCAGCAUUGAACUUCUUGGGACUUAAGACUCGAGUCGAGCAAUCCAGCAAUCCCCUCUAUAUAAUAUAUUAUAUUAUACAUCCAUACCACCAUCGCACAUCCUGAUCGGGUCAAAUCGUAGCGGAGAUCGGCUCAGCCCGAUAAGUGACCCAACCAGCGCAGGCUUAAGCAGUGGGACCAGACCCAACCACCACCACACCAAUACUAUACCAGGUACCACUUAUUUGUAUAUAUUAUCAGUACUGUCUAAGUACUAUACCAAGUCCAAGUCUGACUAUCGAGAGUAUUGGGUAUUGGUAUUGAGUGAACGAAACCAUUAGUGAAAGACAAACAGACUGACAGAGUAGAGCAGAGUACGAACUACAAACAAAUACUUAAAUCUCAUUAACGUGAUGAUAAGUUAAUUAUAAUUGGGCAUUGUUGGGCCCAGAGCAUUAACACCCGAGCAUAUUCUUGUAAUUACAAUAUUGAGCCAAGAGUUACCACAACUAUACACAAUAUUACUGUACCAUAUUAAUGUAACCAACCACCAAGGAAUUUAAAGACUCGCAUUCCAGAUCCAGCUGCGAGGUAUUUGGAAUGCAAGAUCAAGAUGGUGGUAACUAUAAAACUUAUAUUCGAUUAUGUCAUAAACUUCUGAUCAUCAUUCACGUCAACGUAAUCCAGGUCGGAGAAUGGAAUGGAUAACUCUUGCCCUUUACUAUUUAACUCGUUCGGGGACUCAAUCACCGAUCAUACAAUCAAUCAGCAGCUACAGAAACUGUCUCUGUACUCUCCGACGUCUGAUUCAAUUGACUUGGGAUACCAUACGCUCGACAACAACCCAUGCAGGUCUUCGUCUUCGCCUUCAAUCAUCACUAAUGUCAAUCAACCUCGCGAGCUUAGGCAUCAUCACCAUCACCAACAUCAGCAGCAGCAGCACCAGCACAAGCAGCUCUACAAACGCAUUACAAAUCCAACACUUUGCCAGCUGGACGACGCAAUUCUCCUGAAAAUAUUCAGCUGGCUGAGUACUCGCGAGAGAUGUACUCUGGCUCAGACAUGUCGUCGUCUGUGGGAGAUCGCGUGGCACCCGUCGCUGUGGAAGGAAGUGGAGAUUCGGUAUCCCCAGAAUGCGACCACCGCAUUGAGAUCAAUCGCGAGACGAGGCUGUCACUCUGGUAUACGUCGACUGGUGGUUGAGGGAGCGACUGGGUUCUCUGGACUCUUUUCCAUGCUGCCGUUCGCCAGCUUGACGUCAUUGGUGCUGCGUCACUCGCGACGGGUCACUGAUCCCAACGUCACGACCAUUCUGGACAACUGUGUCCAUCUGAAAGAGCUGGAUCUCACUGGAUGCGUAAAUGUCACUCGCGCGUAUUCCCAUGUCGGCUCGACCCAACUGGAAUCUCUGGACCUGAGCGAUUGCCACGGAGUUGAUGACUCGGGGCUGGUGCUGACCCUGUCCCAGAUGUCUCAGCUGACGUUCCUUUAUCUGAGACGGUGCAUUCGCAUCACCGACGCCAGUUUGAUAUCGAUCGCCAGCUACUGCACGUGUCUGAGACAGCUUUCGGUGUCUGACUGCACCCGGAUAACCGACUACGGGGUCAGAGAACUUGCUGCCCGACUUGGACCCUCUCUCAGAUACUUCUCUGUCGGAAAAUGUGAUCGUGUGUCGGACGCUGGGCUGCUGGUUGUCGCGAGACACUGCUACAAAUUACGAUACUUGAAUGCGCGAGGCUGUGAAGCGCUCAGUGAUAUCGCGACCUGUGCCCUGGCACGUGGAUGUCCAAGAUUACGAGCACUGGACCUUGGCAAGUGUGAUAUUGGGGAUCCAACCCUGGAAGCUCUCUCUACAGGAUGCCCUAAUCUUAAAAAACUAUCGUUAUGCGGCUGUGAGCGGGUCACGGACGCGGGUCUCGAAGCUCUCGCGUACUACGUCCGCGGACUGAGACAACUCAACAUCGGGGAGUGCACCAGAGUCACUAAGCUUGGAUACCGCGCUGUUAAGAGCUACUGCAGGAGAUGCGUUAUCGAGCACACGAACCCCGGGUUCUCAAGCUGAUUUUCUUAGCCGCUUUAUUUUGCUAAUAUUUUUUUUUAUUUAUUAACAAUUUAUUAUUUGGGAUGUUUUCGGCUGUACAAUUUUUAAUUGCCUGCCUUAGCAAAAAAAAUAUAUAUAUAUAUUUUAUAUAUUUAUUUAGAUUAAUUUUUUUAAUCGUUUAAAUAACAUGGUAAUUUUAUUGAUUUGAUAAAUCAGUUUUAAUAUUUAAUUAACAUUAGCGCGUAAAUAUAAAUUUUAU